AUGGCUGGCCAGAAAAAGUCGCGCAAGGGCAUAAAGCUGGGACAGGCGCCGGCCCUGUCAGUGAGCACAUGGGCUCAGUGGAUCAAAUUUGUUGGGCAGGAAGCUGGUGCGCGCAUGGCCAUGAUACUCAGCUUGACCUACAUGUUUGGCUUGCGAUGUUCGGAGGCUCUCACUUUGAAGAGAAGUGACUUUAGUUUCCAUGGUGACAUACCAAAGCUUGUUGUCACUGGCGAGACACAGGGGAACCGGAAAUCUCCGGGGGAGGUCUACUGCCGCAAGAAGCAUAUGUGCUGGCUGAAAUCAGUCUUCAAGUCUGGUUACACUGUAGAACGCACAAAGAAGCACAAGCACGGAAAGGGCCGCAAGAAGACAAUCACAAGGCAAGAUAAGUACGAAAUCCCAUCUGAAGGAUUUCUUUUCCGCAGUCGCAAAGAAGCCAAACAGCCACACUUGCAUUAUCAUGCAGUCUAUGCCCAGGUAAAGCGACUGGCUCCGAGAUUUCUCGAGCAUUUACGAAACCAGGGCCAAAAGUGGGGGCCAGAGGUGGCAAAGCUUCGCCCGCACAGUGGCCGGGCAACAUUGAUUACAGAGUUGCUCGGAGAUGGCAUGUCCACAGCGCUUUCGAUGAAAUUUGCCCGACACGCCCCUGGUUCUGUGAAAGUCCACCUGAAAUAUGGACGUCUGACUCUGAAAGAUGUCAAAGCAGCAUGUGACAAGAUGGACAGCAAAGGAUCAACUUGGCCGGAUUUCUCCAGGGUGCCCACAGCAAAGCUGAAAAGGGCUCGCUUGGACAUAGACCAGGAACUCCGCAAACGUGUGAAGAAUUAA